AUGUCUGAAGAUCACAUCGAUCUUGAUGUCCUGAGGAGUACGGUGAGGCUGCAUGUGUCCGGUCCGAGGAGGAAUACUGUCACCCGCUUUGAAAUCGUGAAGGCGUUGCUGGAUGGUGGCGUCCCUGGGAAGGACAUGGCAUCAGUUUUCCGGUGCGAGGCUCCGAACACAUGGUUUGCGACGCUUUCCAAUAUUGAUCUUGUGGACAGAACAGUAGCUGCCGGACCCAUUUCCUGUGAGCAAUUCGUGCUACACCCUGAGCCUUGUGACCAGCGGCGUCUAACUAUUAGGGUCCAGUGGCUUCCCUCGUGGAUUGCUGAUAAUGCCAUUGCCAGUUACUUUGAGGGCUAUGGAAAGGUCAUUAAUGUGCACCGAGAGGAGACUGACAUUAGUGGUGUGACUCUAGAGACUGGCACACGAGUGAUAACUAUGGUUAUUCGGGAGGGUGAUCAGGAUGAUAUUCCUCACAGGAUACGGAUUUUUGGGAAGACAGCCCUAAUCAUGGUUCCAGGAAGGCCACCGAUAUGCUUGCGCUGCCAGCAGGUCGGCCAUGUUCGGUCUAAGUGUCCGGGGAGACCGGUGGAGACAACAAAGCUCACAUAUGCUGCUAAGGUGGCACGUCCUUUGGUCCCGUCGACGGCGACUGCUGAACCGAUCGUUCUACCGACGCAGGACGAGAAAGGGCCGACGCCGCCUAACCAGGAGGAAACCGCGAGCCCCUCGCCCGGAGGGAGUGGUGUCUCCGACAGUGGGAAACGUAAUAGCCCCGAGAUUGACGAGGAAGGAUUUCAGCGAACGAAGAGGGGAAGGCACUCCAACAGGUCACCUGAGGUGCUAUCCAAUGGAGAUCUUGUUCCUGGGCAGCGUUUUAGGUCUGUCUACAUGGAUAUGAGUGAAGGUGACGAUAGUGACAAGGACUCAGAUGACCGUCUAGUGAUCGAUGAAGAUGAGGCGGAAUCGAUUCAGUGA